AUGUUGAAGGAGGAAGAAAGUCAAGAACAGAGCAGUGAGAUAAAGGAAAACAUGGCAUCCAGAACAGAAUACUAUCUUGAAUCACUCAUAACUGAUGCUUUUAAGGGAAAGGGAUUUCAGAAAAUAAAUGAACUGUUCGAAGAAAAAGAAAUUUACCCUCCUCAAAAAUACAGCAAACAAUUGUUUAACCAACUUGACAAAGUGUUGAAAAAGGAGUUGGACAAGAAUGAAUUCCAAAAUGUUUCCUUGUUGUUGAAAUGCAUUCAGAUGUACUUUAAAAGUGAUCCUCAGGAAGGGGCAAGCUUGCUUAUUCAGCAAGGGCUGAUACCAAAGAUGGUAUCUUGGUUUGAAAGAGCAAGAGAAUUUUUGAUCCUCAUAGAGCCAGCACAGAACAAAUCUCUGCUGAGACUUGUGGAAGAUUUCUUUGACUCUGCGUUGGUCAUUUGCAAAUGCAACAGUGAAGGAAAGAAACAGUUGCUGGAUUCAUUCUUACCUGACCUAGGACAGCUAGUGACUGAAACAAAGGUUGGCUGUGCACUUCGGCAGGAGGCUUUGAGGACUCUGAACUCCAUGCUGGACAGUGUACCACGGGAAGAGAGAAGAAAAUUUCCUAUGUCUGAAGAAAUGUGUUCGCUUACGAAAGAUCUGGCAAAAACAAUUCUGGAGGUUGGUGAUUAUGACCUUCAGGUUGCUCUUUCGGAAGCACUGUGUAGGCUGAUAACAAAAAAAUGGAGGGAUGACCUUGUUCACAACUGGUUUGAAGAUGAUUAUCUUGCUGAAGCUUUCAAAGAGAUAAAGGAUAGAGAAUUUGAGACGGACUGCAGAAAAUUUCUCAAUCAACUAAAUGACAGACUUGGGGAUAAAAAAAGAGUUUAUUCAUUUCCCUGCAUAUCUGCUUUUGCCGACAUGGAGGAGGUGAAGAAGCCAUCAGAUGAGAAACUGGAGGAGUUUUGGAUUGACUUCAAUGUUGGAAGUCAAAGUGUGUCUUUCUACAUAGACAGCGCUGAGGGUGCUCUUUGGGACUCAGUGAGGCUGCCAAGGGAAGUGGUCAGUAGUUACAGUCUGAGAGAGGAUAACGGAGAAGAGAUAGUUAAAAUUUACAUGAAGAACCCUACUAUGAUCAAUGGCAAAGAAGUAACAAAAAUCAAAAUACACUUCAGUGCCAAAUUUGAUAUUUUAAAUACACUCAAUGAAGUUCUGGGAAAAGACAAAAUGAUGUGUAAAAUGGACCAUGACAUGCACAUUGGGGAAAAGAGAAGCUUGUGGGUCCUGCAAAAUUCAAAUGUUCAGAUGAAAGUAAAAACUAUGAUCAUACUCUUAAUAACUAAUGAAUCCAGCUACUUACAGUGGAAGAAAGAUUCUACAAACAUUGAAAAAACAGACUCUUUAUCUGACAUCCUGACAUCUCAAUAUAGUGAUCAAUCACAUAAAACUAGUUCUGGUAUCACUACGAGCAUGGGAAGCCAACAGACUGAAACCGAAGAUGCUAAGCUAAGCCAAGAGUGUGAAGCUGCAGUUUCCCAAACUCUUUCAGCAAAAAAGUCUAAAACUCCAUCACCUAAACUGAAUGAUAAAACCAGUGAACCAUCCAUAGAAGAACAGCCAGAUAUACAGUUUGUAGAAGAACAUUCCCCAGAGAUUGAUAAAUGGGAGAAGAAAAAUAGAAGAACAAGCUUAGGCAAAGAAAUAAUAGAAGCAAAGAUGAAUUCCUAUGACUUUGAAAAUUCAUCUGACUCUCUGCAUUAUGAGAAGGUUUCUGAAGCAAAACAAAAAAUUCUUGGCCAGAGGGUUUCUUUACAAAACCAGAGAAGUCAUGAAAAUGGAAACAUGAAACGGGAAUCAAGCAAACUAGAGAGAAGGCCGUCUGAUUAUAGGAAACAUCUUUUCUCCGAAAGUAAUCGUGACACUGCAAGCAAUAGUCACAGUGAAAAGAGCUGGAUCCUUGAUUCUCAGAAAAAAUCACUACCAAAAACCCUAGAUUAUACCCGAAGAAGGCCCAGGGUCAGGAGUAAAUUAAAAGUGUUGCCGUUAUCAUCUGCAAGUAGUGGCAGUGAUUACCACACAAAGAAAGUUGCUGUUUCAAGACCAACAAUGCACAGGGAAGUGCUGAAGAAGGAAAUUAAAUCCAGUGCAAUGAGGCUUGAUUUCUCUGCAGUGGAGCUCCCUGAUGAUUUGGAAGCAGACGAUCUGACACUACCAUUAAGUGCAUCUUCCCAUGAGUAUUCUGAUGCUGGAGAGAAGAAGAAAUAUGCGGAGGUAUCCAGUAAAUUACCAGGAGAAGAUAAAGUCUCCAAAUUUAAACGAAAAGGUUCAGAUCUAUCGCCUGGUGGUGUCGUUAAAAAGCGCAAACUUUCAAGAUGGGAAAUGGGUCAGUCAUCUCCUGGCAUUUGCCCUGAGCCAAGAAAACUUUUUGAUUCAAUAGAGAAGAAAAAGGAGAUUCAAACAGGUGGGGAAUCAGAUGAAUCAGAUGACAUCUUUGUCUCCAAGAUACUGCAUGAGGACGUCAGUGAUUCUGGUGUCAUUGCUGCCUUUGAAAGCUUUACCAAACAACUAACGAAAACAUUCUGGUCCAGGUACAAAAGAAUGGAGAUUUGUGCAAAGAAUGCUUUGAAGACCUCUGAAAAAAGUGUGUCCGCUUUAUUAAAUCAGAUACAUCAAUGCAGACUGAAUAAAUUGGAGAACUUCCACAAGGUGGUUGUCCAAGAACUUGCCAAUCUUGAGAAGGAUGCUCAAAUUUUAUCCAUCCUUGAGAAGGACACAGUGGACUUUUGGAAUAAACAGUCCAUCAAACUGAGCUCUUUCUGUAAUCAUCAAAAGCAAAGGAUUCAGUCUAUGGAUUCAGUAUUGGAAGAAACUGCAAGGAGUUUUAAAGAUACAAUACAAAAUACAAAGUAUGAACAUCCACAGGAGAAGGUGGAAGAAAAUAGUAAGGUGUUCAUUGUUGCUUCUGAUUAA